AUGGCCAAAGAUGGACCAUACCUCCAAUCUGAUCAAUUUAUAAUUGUUUACGUUAACUCUGUCGUAAUAAGAUCUGCUAAACCUUAUUUGGCCACACCGGAAGCAAUUGUUCAUGGCCAUGAAAAAAUCCUUUACGAAGGGGAUACAUUAAGGGGUCGUUUGGAGAACAGAAUUCAGGACAUGGAUUCAUUGAAUUCGUAG